AUGUCGCUGCGUCGUUCCAGCCACACCAGCUCGGCGGACGAGACCUUGGAGGACGAGCUACGCAGCGCCAUCGAGGGGGAGAUUAUUCAAGAGAACGCCCGGGCCUCCUCCGCCCAGCAGCCGCCGUCAGGAUGUUGGCCGUCAUCGCCGUCAAGUUUGGUGCGCGGGGUAGCCAGGAGGGUUCUUGCUGUCUCUACGAGACCCUCCGACCACACUUUGCCGACACGGAGGUCGCCGCCAAGAAGCCCACAACGGGGACGCCAGGGGGCAGGCAGGAGGGUUCUUGCUGUCGCUGCGAGCCCCUCCGACCACACCCUGCUGACACCGAGGUCGUCGCCAAGAAGCCUACAUCGGGGACAGGCGUCGUCGUCUGACGUUCCCGGUACGUCAGGGUCGGUGCGCCAGGGGCCAACAAGAACCGGUAGCGAGGAAGAAGCCAGGCUGGAGCAGGACCAAGCGGCCCACACGAGGUCUGGUUACGGUGCGACGAUGCGAAGCGCAUUGGCGAAGAUCCAGGAGGGCACCCACGACCACGACCAAGAGCGGGCCGUCUUCGGCAAGAUGGAGGAGGCGAUCACCGGCCUCAUGGAGCUCACGUAUGGGACAGCAGAGCUCCAAAAUCCACCGGAGCUGCCUCGCGAGUUCGCUACCAGAUUCCCGUACGAUGAUGCUGAUAGCUCGCACAGUGGACUGAGUGGAGUAAUGGACGAUCCGGUCAUAUUGGCGUCUGGAUAUUCUUCUGAUCAAUUGUACCAUCGGUUGUUCUGUUCACCGAACGUCUGUCCAAGUACUAAGGUGACUUUAUCCCACACUUUCACUGCUCCAAACCACCUCCUCCGUGAUAUGAUUGCUGCAUGGCGUCUUGAUCACAUGGCCCGUUCUUCAUCUAACAAGGCUGAUACACUCUCCAUCCCUGUGGCACCUUCAGAGGAGCAAAUCCAAGCUAUCUUACAAAAAUUGUCAGGGCAUUCAGUGAUGCAGGAGCAGGCUUUGCACGAGAUUCAGCUACUCUCCAAAACAACCAAGGGAGAGCAACCUUGCCUUCACAAGUGGGCAGGGCUGCUUCCAGAGCUGAUAGAUCUUCAGAAGAAUUGGAAGUCGACAUGGUCACAGGAGCUGGAGGAACAGAGGCUCGGAGUAAUCCUUAAUUUGUCUGUUCACCGGCCAAACAGGGAGAUCCUAGCUGGAGCGAACCAACUCCCUGGUCUUCUGAAGAUCACCCAUAAGCUACAUAAAUAUGGAAGUCCAGCAUCACAUUUGGCAAAGGUAGCUUCGAUAGUUGCCAUCCUGUCAGAGUUUGACAUGUUUAGGAAAAGGUUACUCGAUAUUGGUGGGAUGGAAAUGCUCCGGGAUCUGCUCAGGAUUGAGGAUGUUGUUGUAAGGAAGGAGGCUGUCACUGCAAUCCGUGGACUCUGUGCAGAUGAGGAAGGAAAGAUAAAUGCUCAAUCUUAUAACGUGCCUGAUGCCCUGCUGGAAUACCUCAUGGUCAGUGACGAGGUGCUGCUUCUGCUUGAUUGUCUGCCGAAAGAUCUGCACGUGGUGGAUAAAAUGUGUGAUAAAGCUAUGGAACUGGUGAAUAUCAUCAUGGCUGAAGAGGGAACUCGCCCGGUUACUCCUGAGGCCACCUACUCUGCGAUUUCCUUGGUUCAUGCUAUUGUGCAGAGAGACGUGCAUAAGAUGGAGCAGGUGAAGAACAUGGAGGACUUUAAGGAGAGGCUGAGGGAGCUGUCAUCAGGUACAUUACCGAUGCAGACAAUGUUAAAGGGGGACACGAUAAUCAACUGUUUGUCCGAGGGGUUUCCUGCUCCUUUGAAUCUGUGA